CCGCGACGAAGUGUCCCCCGUGUGACCAGGAGAAGCGGGAGUCGGGAUGAAAGUGUGCGCUUUCGGGGAAAGAAGAGCGCAACCGCUGUUGCAGUCAGGGCGAUUUAAGCGGAGCGCAUUCCUGCACAGCGCUCACACCGGAGGACGCGCAGCGGCGAGACACAGACCGCAGCGCCUCGCAGGAGCUGGGAGCUCACCUUAAAACCCCCCAAAAUCGGAGGCGGAGGAAGUGCUGGGUGUCGCCUGAGCGUAGCGGAUUGCACGCGCAACCAGUCUCGGCCGAGGGUAACGUUGUGUGUUCGAGGGGACCGUACGCCGCGAUGUCGGAGUUUCUGCCGAGCCUGCUCGGGGAGCGGCUCGUCAACAGCGAGAAAGCCGAGGUGGACGUGCAGUCGCUGGGCGCCAAGCUGUCGCUGGUCGGGCUCUUCUUCGGGUGCAGCCUGAACGCCCCGUGCAAGCAGUUCAACGGCAGCCUGUGCGAGUUUUACAGCAGGUUCAAAAAGGCGUCUGAACACAAGGAAAAACUGGAAAUCGUCUUCAUCUCGUCCGAUCAGGACCAGAAACACUGGCAGGACUUUUUGCAGGAGAUGCCGUGGCCUGCGUUACCUUUCAAAGACAGACACAAAAAGAUGAAGCUGUGGAACAAGUACAAGGUAACCAGUAUCCCAUCUCUGGUGUUUGUGGACGCAGCUACAGGGAAGGUGGUGUGUCGAAACGGUCUACUGGUGGUCAGAGAUGACCCUAAAGGCCUGGAGUUCCCUUGGGGGCCGAAGCCGUUUGCGGAGGUGGUGGCGGGGCCUCUGCUCAGGAACAACAGGCAGACAACAGACAGCAGCUCUCUGGAAGGACACUAUGUGGGAGUGUACUUCUCAGCACACUGGUGUCCGCCAUGCCGCAGUUUGACCCGGGUCUUGGUGGAAUCGUAUCGAACCGUCAAGGAGUCGGGUCAAAAGUUUGAGAUCGUGUUUGUCAGCGCUGACAGGUCAGAGGAGUCCUUUAAGCAGUACUUCAGCGAGAUGCCGUGGUUGGCGAUACCAUAUUCAGAUGAGGCUCGGCGAUCACGACUCAACAGACUCUAUGGAAUACAAGGUAUUCCCACGCUGAUUCUGUUGGACGCGGAGGGUCAUAUGAUCACGCGACAGGGCCGCGUGGAGGUGCUGAACGACCCAGAAUGCCGGCUCUUUCCCUGGCACCCCCGGCCCGUGCUGGAGCUCAGCGAGUCCAACGCUGUGCAGCUCCACGAGGGGCCCUGCCUCGUCCUGUUUGUGGAUGCUGAGGAGGAGGGAGAGUUGGAGCCAGCCAAGGAGCUGAUUCAACCGAUAGCAGAAAAGCUUAUGGCAAAGUACAAAGCCAAGGAGGAGGAGACGCCGCUGCUGUUCUUUGUGGCUGGAGAGGAUGACAUGAGUGACUCCCUGCGAGACUACACUAACCUCCCGGAGGCGGCGCCUCUGCUCACUAUCCUGGACAUGUCGGCCCGUGCCAAGUAUGUUCGAGACGUAGAGGAGAUCACGCCGGCCGUAGUGGAGCAAUUUGUCGGCGAUUUCCUGGGUGAAAAGCUCAAACCAGAGCCCAUCUAAAGAGGACGUCCAAAUAUAAAUCGGACACACUAUACUGGGACUCGCUCCAUCAUCGAACCCUGACCUGAUGCUACGCCUCUCGCCUCUCCCAGCCUCCCACUAUCUCUCUCACCUCCCCUUCUGACUUUGUCAGACUGUUAGAGAGAUGUCUCACUUUUUACUGACAUUUUAACAUUUUUUUAGACAUGUUCCUCUUUUCAUGGAGUCCUUUCUUUCUCCUGUGGUGCCUUGCAUUGACUAUAGCCCCUACAGUAAUAUAUAUGGAGAUUCUGUCGGUUUUUUCUUUUUUUUGGCCUCAAGAAAAGUAUUUGUAUUUUUUUUUCCACACAAUAGCAUUUCUGAAUUCUAGAAUAAACCAGAGAAUUACCCGAUGGACCUACUUAUUCAGCUGAACCUUUGCUUACCUUGAGUUUUGUCUGCAAGAUCCUUGUUACCUUUGAUUUCUGAACGAUGUUGAGAAAAAAACAAAAUGCAUUUUUACAGUUGUAAUUCUCAUGUAUACUUAGUGCAAAUGUGCUAAACCUCAGUUGGAUGUAGCCGUAAGCCUUUAUGGUCCUAUUUUAAGAGAAAAAAAAACAAAAAAAAAAACAGUAUGACAGGUGCACA